AUGUCUACCGUUGCUACCCUUUUUGCCGGUCCGGGGAGCGCCUCGAACAUUUCCUCCUCCGUCAAUGAAAAUGUGGGAUUUCGUUUUGUAUUGGACAGGACCGUUAGGACAUUGUCAGCUACGGGUGCUCCUGAUUCGGGAACUAUUUCUGGGCUUUUAUUUGUGCCAGAUCUAGACCCCCGCGAUCCAUGCAGCGAUGCUGUUCAUUCUUUCAUCCCAUCGAAUGUGACUAGGCACAAGGAUGUGUCAGAUUUCGGAUAUCCUAUUAUUGGAAUGGCACCGUGGAUUUCUAUGGAGUGCACACAAUCUUUCUUGGCUGCCUCGCGCGAGGCAAGCGUCAACGCCCUCGUGUUCUUCGAGCCGGAGUCCAACAGCACAGGGCUACCGCCCCCACAAGAUGAUCAAUGCUGGGAUUUGCAUGAUAAAGGCCUUUGGAAAACCCAGAAUAAAUAUCCUGUUUUCGCGGUUCCUGGCCCUUCUGGCAAAACAUUGAUGAACGAUCUCUCAUGGUUCUCAGACGGACCGUCUCAAAACGGCAGUGACACUAAAGACAACACACCACAUCCUUCAGAAAGCAAAACAGAAAGAAUAUUCACUAUGAUUGACACGGAUACAUCCGUCAAUACGUCGCCCAGCAUGUGGAGCUUCGUCCUUGCCAUUCUUGGCACGAUUUUCGGCCUGAGUCUGGUCCUUCUAGUCUUAUACCGUCUUGUUCAACGCAGAAGGCGACAGGUUUUACGCGAACGGAUCAACGAGGGCGAAGUCGACGUGGAGUAUUUGGCGUUGAAUCGAGUCAAAGUACCGCGCGAUGUUGUGAAAAAUAUGCCACUCUACAUCUAUCAAACCCCUCCAGUGUCGGCAGACACCGAGAACGAGAAAGAAGAAAUUGAAACGAAAGUGGCAGAAGUUGUCUCGGGAGGCAAGACCACCUCCUCAAUACCUAAUGAAGAACCCACGACGUGUCCGCAAAGAGCAUUAAUCAUCACAGGGCUGAGAAAGCCAGCUGCUGCGAUCAUCAACCCUUCUACAGACUCUCAAGUACCUGCAUCUCGAAACCCUUGGCGCCUAAGCCAUACGCAAACCACUUGCGCAAUUUGCUUGGAUGACUUUGUCGCUGGAACAUCUACCGUCCGCGAACUUCCUUGCGGACAUGUUUUCGACCCUGGAUGUAUUGACACGGUGAUGGAAACCAGCAGCCUUUGCCCACUUUGCAAGAAAAGCGUUUUACCUCCAGGCAUGAUAGAUUUCCCUAUCACCAAUGCGAUGCCGACAAGGUACGCUUUCAGCCCCAACACCACAACUUUUGGUAUCCUUGCCGGUUUCCAAAUUACUGACUCGCAAUUCUUUCAGAUGGGUGCCCUUAAGUACGUUGAAGAGAUCCAGAAGAAGAAGCAGUCCGAUGUCAUUCGGUUCUUGCUCCGCGUUCGCUGCUGGGAGCUUCGCCAGCUGAACGCCAUCCACCGUGCUUCGCGCCCCUCUCGCCCCGACAAGGCCCGCCGUCUCGGUUACAAGGCCAAGCAGGGCUACGUUGUCUACCGUGUCCGUGUCCGUCGUGGUGGUCGCAAGCGCCCUGCCCUUAAGGGUGCUACCUACGGCAAGCCCACCAACCAGGGUAUCAACCAGCUCAAGUACCAGCGUGCCCUUGCUGCCACCGCUGAGGAGCGCGUUGGCCGCCGCUGCGCCAACUUGCGUGUCCUGAACUCCUACUGGAUCAACCAGGACUCGACCUACAAGUACUUCGAGGUUAUCCUUGUCGACCCCCAGCACAAGGCCAUUCGCCGCGAUCCCCGCAUCAACUGGAUCGCGAACUCCGUUCACAAGCACCGUGAGGCUCGUGGUCUUACCUCCACCGGCAAGAAGUCCCGUGGUAUCAACAAGGGCCACCGUUACAACAACACCAAGGCCGGCCGUCGCCACACCUGGAAGCUCCAGAACACCCUCAGCCUCUGGCGCUACCGUUAA